AUGACUAAUAAUCAUACUUCAGUAUUUUUGUUCACCGUUCAAGGUAUACUAGCAUCAUUAACCUGCGGUUUAUGUUGCUUCAUUUAUGCUUACUGUUAUAAUAAUAAGUUAUUAAAAAAUGAAAAUAAAAAUUUUGAAAAUAAAAAUAAAAGAAAUAUUUCAAAAUUAAAAAUAAAUACAAACGAUUGUUCUAACUAUAAAAAAAGAAAUAUAGAAAAAGAAUGCAAAGAUGAAAUUUAUAUAAAAGAUUCAUUAAAUAAAAAGAUAAAUGAAAAUGAAAUAAUAAAUAAUGAACAGUCUCUAUUUAAAAAUGGGAUAAUUGAAAAUGACGCAAUUCCAUUAAAAAAUAAAUUAAAAAAUAGAAAUAAUAUUUUAUGUGAAAAUAGAUCUUUAAAGAAUAAUAAAAAUUCAGAAGAUAAUUCGUUUUCAGAAAAUACUUACAACAAAAUAGACAAUGAAAAAUUAAUUUGUGAUAAAAAAAAUUUAAUUAAUGGAGAAAAUGACUCUAAUAAAAUAAUUUUAUGUAAGAUGAAUCACUACGGAUUAUCACCAAAUGAUAUGAAAUUUAAAGAAUUUAAUGAUAUAUCCUUAAAUACAAAUAUUUCAAAUAAUUUUCAAAUAAAUUACGACAAAAAUGAAAAUAAAAAUAGUAACUUAUUCUUAGAUAAAAAUUAUGCUUAUAUUUCUUUUAAUGAAGAAGAAAGAAAAAAAUACUUCAGUGUUGCUAAUGAUAUUAAUAAAAAAUAUUUAUGCAAUAAAUUAUAUUCAUAUGAAAAUAAUAAAGAUGAAAAUGUAGUUAAUUUGUCUUUUGAAAAGAAUGCAGACAUUGGAAAUACUUUAAAUAUAAAUAAGAAAAAUUCAUGUAUUUUAACCAAUGAUAAUAAUACAUGUAUCAAUAAGCUUAAUAAUCAUAUAAUUAGUAAUAGUAAUAAUAAUAAUAAUAAUAAUAAUAAUAAUAAUAGUUGCAGUAAUGUAAUAGAAUAUAAUACUAACUUUGAUGCUAUAGAAAAAGAUGAAUUCUGCAACACCAAUAAAGAUAUUGAAAAAAAACUUUAUUUAAGUAAACAUAAAGAAAAAUUUUAUAAUGAUACUUUAAAGGAUAAUCUACAUAUUAAGGAUGAAACAAAUUUAACGAAUAAAUGUAAUGAAAAAAUCAAUCAUUACCAAAACGAAUUUUUUCAGAAAAUAAAUUCGGAAAAAUAUCAAGGUAAAAAUUACUAUAACUCACCAAAAGAAAAUAAAAAUUAUACCAAGGAAUUUGAAAAUUGUGAAAAAAAAAAUAAUGAAAUGAACUUUAAAGGAUAUGAAAAUAUUGAUAAUUUGUUUUCUACAAAUAAUUUAAAUUAUUUUGAUGACAUAAGUACAUUAACAAAAUAUGACGAAAAUAUAACCAUUAAAAAUUACAAAGAUAAACCUUUAUUAGAUGCAAGUAAAGCCUAUAUUAGUGUAAUCAAUAAACAAGAAAAUGUAGAUAAUUUCAUAACUUAUCAAAAUAAAAAUAAUACAAAUAACAGUGAUCCUUUAAAAUACAGUAUUAAAAAUUCUAAUAUAAGUUCUACCUCCAAUACAUGUUCUAAAGACAAUCCUGAAUUAGACUAUAUUUACUCUUUGAAUAAUUGCAGUAACAAAACAAAUAAUGGAAACACAAGUUUGAAAGAUACGGUAUAUCUAUAUAAGGAUAUUGAUAAUUCCAAUAAUAAUAAUAGCAACAAUAGUAGAAAUUUUUUUUAUAGUAAUAGUAACACCAAUAGUUGUUAUAAUACAUUUAAAAUUAAAGAUUUAAAUAUUUAUUCUCAUAUGCAUAGCAAUUUUAUUAACUUCGAUAAAACAAAUAAAGUACAACAACACAAGUUAAUGUAUAACUAUAAUGAAAAGGAUUUACUAAAAUCAAAAAGAAAAACCUCUUUACCACCUUUGAACGAUUUUAUUAAUGAACAAAAUGAUAUUUCAGUAGAAAAUUAUUUUGAAAUAGCAAAAAAGGAAAACGAUAAAAAUAAUAAUAUGCUUUAUAUAGAUGAAAAUAAAUGUACCGGUAAGCACAAUGAUAGUAACUCUUCUUUUGAACUUGGGAAAAAAGAGAAAUUCAAAAACAUAAUUUUUAAUGAACAAUUAAUUCAUAAUUUAUCUGACUUUAAAAAAAAUUUAUUAUGCGAUAUAAAAAAAAAAUAUAUUCAUAAUAAUUCGAAUAUUAAGAAUAAUUUGAUUCUUCAUUCUGAUAAUGGCAAUGAAUACAUAAAUAAAAAUGUUGAAGAAAAUAUAUGUAUAUCCGAUUAUAAAAACGACAAUUAUUUACCCAAUUUUGAUAUAAAAAAAAUGAAAAGUAAUGAAAAGUUCAAAAAUUCAAAUAACAUUAUUUGUAAUAAAAUGAAUUCUAUAAAUGAUUAUAUUUCAUUAUACAAUUCUAACUGCAAUUCAUAUGAAAAAUUCAAAAAUAUGUCAAGAAAUAAAUACGAACUUCAAGAAAAGGAAUACAUGAAAAACAAAGAAAACAAUGAUUUUUAUUUUUUAACGGAUGAAAACAUUGAUGAAUCAUUAGAAAAGAAAAGUUUUUUUAAUGAAAUAAAUUCGAAAAAUAAUACAAAAGAAAAAGUAUCACCGUUAAAUAACAUUACAACUCAGGAAAAGAGAGAAUUACACUUCAAAAAAUAUGACAUUAAUUUACCUGUAGCUUCAUUAAAUUACAGUGAAACAACAAAUUAUGAACAUGGUGCGGUAAAGUAUAGUAAAAAUGUAUUUACAAAUAAGACAGAAGAAGAAAAAGAAAAUGAAUUAAAUAUAUUAAGGAAAGAGGAAUAUCAAAGAGAUUUAAAAAAAAAAGAAAUAGAUGAAUGUAAAAAAAACAAUGAAAUUAAAGAAAUAGUAUAUGCAUAUUUGCAAAAUUCCAAAAAUGAGUAUAACUUAAAAAAUUCUAACAAAUGUGAUGAAGAUAUAGAAAAAAUAGAAGAAUAUAACCAAGAUAAGAACAUAUCUAUGAAGACAAUUAAAAAUGAAAGUAAUAAAAAAAAGCAAGAAAAUAAAAAUAUAAACAACUGUUUGAAAAUAAAUUUGAAUGACGAUAAAAAAUCUGAUGAAAAAUCAAAUUGUGCUGAAAACAGUGUAAACAAUAAAGAAGUGAAGAGCAAAAAUUAUUAUACCGAAAACAAAAAAGACGAUUCUUUUGAAAAAAGUACUUUUGAAAAAGAAAAAGUGGUUAAGGGAGAAAAAUAUGAGAAAAAUUAUUUUACAUAUGAAAAUGACAAGAAUAAUAAUGAUAUAUAUUUAAAAAAUGAGAAAAGGAAUUCAAAUAUUUCUGUUAAAAAAGAACAAAAAAAAGAUAUGAACUUAAUGCGUGAACACUUAAAAAGUACUAGGGUAAGAAAUGAGAGAAGUAAAAAAUGGAAUCCCAAAUUUGAAGAUGAUGAAUGUUCCAUUUCCAAAAAAAAAGCUAAAAAACAGUGCAAAAAUAUUAAUAAUAGAACUAUUAAAAAAGAAGAAAUACUUCAAAAAAAAAAAAAAAUAUCUAAAACUCAACCAAUGGAAUUAAAAGUAAUUAAAGAACAAACAUUUUUAAAUUAUAGAGAUAAAUUAAAAAUGUUAUGUCAAAAAUAUAAUACAAUAGAUGAAAAUAGGUGUGCAUCAGGAUUCGCCAAUUUUUUAAUGCAACAUAUUCAAAAGACAGAAGAUAUGGAGAAUUUUGAUAACUUACUUAAUUUUACAUUAAAAUUAAAAAAUACUUAUGAAAUGAAAACAACUGAUUUUAUAGAAGCUUUUUUAAUUCUUGAAACAAUUGAUUUAAGCGUUAUAAGAAUGUAUCCAAUUAAAGAAUGGAUAUUAGUUACAUUUCAUUAUUUAAAAGGAAGUUUAACAGAUAAGAAUUUAAAAACAUUAAUAAAAUCGUUAAAAUUAGAUAAUCUAAUUAUCAGUAAUGUCACAGCUUGCUUUUAUAUGAACAAAAAACAUAUUAAAAUAACAGAGGAAGAUAUCAAGAGGAUUCUAACAAUAUUGUCAGAUGUAGUAAUAAGAAGAUCAUCAAGAAUUAAAAAAUCUAAAAAUUCAUAUUAUAGAAAUAAAUCUAGAGAAAAACAAAAUAAAGAUGAAAUAUUAGGUUCUUGCUGGCAUCCUGUUAAUAAAAAUAUUACUAUAUAUAAGAAAUAA